UCUUUGUAUUAUGUUCUCUUUUCCUUCACCAAAAUUAUUAAAUAUGGAAGAAGAACAGUUUCCAAAAAUGGAAAGCUUGGUGUACAAGGAAUUAAAGUAUUUUUCUGAUCCAGUCAUUUGGAAUUCAGUAAUCGGUCAUCACGAGAGUAUUCAUCGCGAAAAUUGCCCGAAAUCGCCAUCAACGUCUCCCGAAAGACGGUUUUCGAGCUCCGAUUCGUGUUCUUCAGCUGAAGAUCAAGCUUCAGGUACUAGUAAUUUGAUGAAUAAUAAUAUUCCUGGAUUUGUUGAUCACGAUACUCUUUCCAAACAAAACCAUGCAAGUUCCUUAUUCCUUUCAGGCUUGAAUAGUUAUAUUCCUGUAAAUUUCUUAGAAUCUUUUCCAAAAAUAAACCAAGUUUCAAAUAUUCAUCAUCAACCGUCUGAUAAUUCUCCAUCAGAAUUUCCAAAUUUGACUUUGUUUUUACAAGAUCCUACCAUAUUAUUAGAUCCAUCAUCCAAACCAAAUCUUGAUUCAAUCAGUACCGAUUUUUCAAUGCCUCAUCUUAAAAAACUUAAUCAAAACUUGACAAACACUCCACAGAAAUUAGGGUUUAAUGAAUACACCUGGCUUAGCGCCACCAAGACACAACCCAUGAAAUACACAGGGAGAAAACCGGCCGGCAGCGUGUCGGCGGUGUCACCGGGAAAGCUGUUCAGAGGAGUGAGACAAAGGCAUUGGGGAAAAUGGGUGGCAGAAAUAAGAUUACCAAGGAACAGAACUAGGGUUUGGUUGGGAACAUUUGAUACAGCAGAAGAAGCUGCUAUAGCUUAUGAUACAGCAGCUUAUAUGUUACGUGGGGAUUACGCAAACUUGAAUUUUCCAGAUCUUAAACAUGAAUUGAAGGCGAAUUCGUUGAAUGGAUCAACAGCAGCACUUCUUGAAGCAAAAUUACAAGCAAUUUCACAAGCUCAGAGUCAGAAAAACAAUCUUGAUCCAUCAAUAUCAUCAUCAUCAUCAUCAACAACAAAAAAUGUAAAGCUUGAAAAAGGAACAAAUUUAGGUCAAAACCCUUCAAGAAAAGUUGACCACCAUCAUCAUGAUCAUCAUAUCGAAACUGUGGAAGCAACUAAUCAUGUGGAUGCUGUUCAGUUGAGCAGAAUGCCAUCUUUGGAUAUGGACAUGAUUUGGGAUGCUUUAUUAGUCUCUGAUUCAUGAGUUAAUAGAUACACAUGUUUUCAUUUUUUUAAGGUAAAAUGCAUAUUUAGGUUUCUGUAUUUGUCGACUUUUUGACAUUGAAUCCAUGCACUUUUAUUUACUAGCAUUGAGUAAAUUUUUAAUUUUGUAGA